CUUCAAUAUCUAAUUUGUAAACUAACAAAGUGUGCUUUAAGUCACUGAUUAGGACUAUUCAGAAAGCAAUCCAACUGCUCAUUGCACAAAUAUUGGAAACAGUGUCUGAAUCUGAGCUGUCUUAGCUUUCAGAAAUGAAUUGCCCCACAAAAUCAUUUGCUGGAGAAAACACCUUAUCAAGUUCUUUAAAAAAUUCUCUUCAUGUUAUGCUACUUUUUAAAGUGUCAAUUGGACCAGCCCAAUCCUUAGUCCUUUGAGGAUACUGAUGCUGGGUGUAUUGUGUUAUAAAGUUCUUCACUGGUCAGUGAAGAUAUUUGGGGUAGUUGAGCAGCUUCCUAUUUACCAUUUCCAUUAUUUACAUAAUUUAAACAGUUUGUUAAAACAUUCCAGGAGUGAAAUGUUCUGGGUUAACCUUGACCAGCUUUUAUUACUACAUGAUGUAUUGUUGAUGUUUCUUAUUCCUGACUUUAUUUCUUUUAGGAGUUGUUGGUGACUGUUGACAAACAGUUCUAUGGAUCUAAGGACCUGUCCCAUAGAGAAAAGUACAACUGCAGGAAUCAGACCUUUGCAAGAAGGUUGCACCAGCUGGCAGAUUAAAAAAUAAGAAAGCAAGAAGCUGGAAGAGUUUUGAUUACCAGGAAGAUCUGAACCAAUGGACUGUAUGGAUAUAGAUAUGUUUGAAGGCAUCUGCUCUUCCCCUUACAAGAAUCAUGAAUAAACUGGCAGACCAGCAGGACCGCAUGAUACCAUGAAGAGAAGCUUACAGGUCCUCUAUUGCCAACUGUUUAGUGUUCUACUCAUCUUGGCACUGACAGAAGAGCUGGUGUUUUCUGUUCAGGUACUGUCUCCCACUGUCUCCUCCUCUCAGGGCUUCACGAUGAACGCUACAACUAUCACAGCUAUGGGAACAACACCUCACCGCAAAGACCACCACACAGCAGAGCCCCUUCCCACGUCUGCUCAAGCCAUGUCCCACCCCAUCAGCCUGGUGGAGAAAGCCCCUUCCACUGGGCAAGAGCAAGAGAGUGGCCCUCGCAUCGGCGAAAAGGAAACUUACCAUUUGUACAACCAGAGUGCUUUGUACUCAGGACAGUCUCGCCCCAAGGGGAAAAUAUUCCAGGUUUUCAAAGGCAACUUCUCAGAGUCGACAGAGCCUUACCUAAAGACGACCCUGCACUCUCCCUUCCCUACCCUGAGGAGCCCUUUCACAGACCACCCAUAUCAGUCCCAGACCACAGCAUCCAGUGAUCCAAAUGGAAUGGGGCUGGCAAGAACUACACAUUCAGACCCUUCUCCCCACCACAACACCUCGGGAAGCCUUAGGGAAGCAGAGCGAGGGGAUGGGACCGAGGUAGUAGUGCAGGAGGCAGAUUUUGCCACCACAACUGCUGGACCAACUGAUCCUGAAGCAGUGUCGGUGCCUUUUAAACCCACCCACUAUGGCAUGUGGGAUAUGCUGAGCAAAAACAACUCUUGGGUAACCUUGAAUCUCAGUACAAAUGUCCCUCUGUUUGCUGGCUCUGGAUCUGCUACAGCAGCAGCUGGUCACUCAGUUCAGACCAGUUUUGACGUCAGCAUCUCAUCCCCAGCAGCGGGAGACCCUGAAGGACUCACUCCGACGCAGCACAGCACGGUGACCAAUGCCACGUCGCCGGGCAGUGCUCUCUUCUCAGUGCCUGCCACCAGGUUGUCCAGCUCCACCUCCACAGCUGGCUCCACUGCCACCGGGAACUUCCUGAACAGACUGGUUCCUGCUGGGACCUGGAAACCAGGUGUGCAAGGAAACAUCUCCCAUGUCACCGAGAGGGACAAACCCCAGCACAGAGCAACCAUCUGUCUCAGCAAGAUGGACAUUGCCUGGAUCAUUCUGGCUAUCAGCGUCCCUAUAUCCUCAUGUUCAGUUCUGCUGACAGUCUGCUGCAUGAGAAGGAAGAAGAAAACAUCUAACCCAGAGAACAACCUGAGCUAUUGGAAUAAUGCGAUUACCAUGGACUACUUCAACAGGCAUGCUGUAGAGCUACCAAGAGAGAUCCAGUCACUGGAGACUUCAGAGGACCACCUGUCUGAGCCACGCUCCCCAGCCAACGGCGACUACCGCGAUAGCGGGAUGGUCCUGGUGAACCCCUUCUGUCAGGAAACGCUGUUUGUGGGACACGAGCAAGUCUCUGAAAUAUGACCCCCCUGCUGCCCCCAUACUGCAGUUUCAUCUCUACUGUCUCCAAAUUAUAAAUAAAUAUAUAUAUAUAUAUUAUAAAUAUAACCUUUGUGUAACCCUGAACUACAAGAAAUGUUUUCAGCUUUUCUUUUGUCCCUCAGAAUUGUCAGCCCCUUUUUUAUAAGUGUGGUAAAACUUUACAGAACAAACUGUGGCUUUAUAAAAUAAAGGUAUUUCUAAGCAAAACA